ACGCAGGGGGCGGGGAGGGGCGCGGGGCUGCGCGCUCGCCCGCGCUCUCUUUCGGUUUGGUCGGCCGCUGGAGGAGAGUGGACCCCCCCCCCUCACUUUGAGGCUUUUUCCCCGGCGCCUCCCUGCCGCCCCCCGGUCCCGGCGCGGGGCUCGGGGAUGCCCGCCAGCAUGUUCAGCAUCGACAACAUCCUGGCCGCCCGGCCGCGCUGCAAAGACUCGGUGCUGCCAGUGGCGCCCAGCGCCGCGGCUCCCGUCGUCUUCCCGGCCCUGCACGGGGACUCGCUCUACGGCGCCGGCGGCGGCGCCUCCUCGGACUAUGGCGCCUUCUAUCCGCGCCCGGUGGCCCCCGGCGGCGCAGGCCUCCCGGCCGCGGUCGGCGGCUCCCGCCUCGGCUACAACAACUACUUCUACGGGCAGCUGCACGUGCAGGCGGCGCCCGUGGGCCCGGCCUGCUGCGGGGCCGUGCCGCCGCUGGGUGCCCAGCAGUGCUCCUGCGUCCCGACGCCCCCAGGCUACGAGGGCCCCGGCUCGGUGCUAGUGUCCCCAGUGCCGCACCAGAUGCUGCCCUACAUGAACGUGGGCACCCUGUCGCGCACCGAGCUGCAACUCCUCAACCAGCUGCACUGCCGGCGGAAGCGGCGGCACCGCACCAUCUUCACGGACGAGCAGCUCGAAGCGCUGGAGAACCUCUUCCAGGAGACCAAGUACCCAGACGUGGGUACCCGCGAGCAGCUGGCCCGGAAGGUGCACCUCCGCGAGGAGAAAGUGGAGGUCUGGUUUAAAAAUCGCCGUGCCAAAUGGAGGCGGCAGAAGCGGUCCUCGUCGGAGGAGUCGGAAAACGCCGAGAAGUGGAACAAGACGUCGUCAAAGGCGUCGCCCGAGAAGAGGGAAGAGGAAGGUAAAAGCGAUUUGGACUCGGACAGCUGACGGCCGCGGGCCGGCUGUGGCUCUUGACUAACUCGAAGGACUUGCACAGACAGACGAUGCUACUUUCUUGCACACGCGCUGCCUUGCGGGAGGGGGCCGAGAAAGAGGAACGAGGAGCUGUAAAUAGUGUACAGAGCCCGGAGGGUUGGCGCCUGGGGUCGGGGGUGCGCAGGGGCUCGAGCCCCGAAGUCCAAGGCCGCCAGCGCCUCGCUCCCCACCGUAGUAUUUAUAGUUAAGUUAACGGUGACGAUACAAUAAAGUGAUGGCGAUGUAGUCGGGCCACA